AUGCCUCCGCUGCCGCGUCCUUCCGCGGGCCCCGAGAUCCUCAGCGUCUUUGCCACGGAGAAUGAGGAUGAGAUCGGGAUCCGAACCCUCGUGGGAGACUAUGUGGAGAAGGGGACGAGCCACGGAAGGAAGUACUACGAGAGGACGCAGAGCAUGUCGGAGGACCUGAAAGUGGUCAUCUACUACUGGGAAGACACGGACUCGGCAGAGUUCACCGGCUGGUGGUUUGGUGACCAGCUUGGCGGCAGCCAGGCUUGGUCUCGGAACCCCUCGAAGUCUCAGAGGCCGCCAAAGUCUGGCUGGACCAUCCCAUGGGACGGGGAGGUCCGGGAUGAGCUUUGCGUCAUGAACAAGACCGAGCGGCAGAACGAGGAGCGAAAGCAGGCCUUGGCGCGGAUGCAGGACCAGGGGACCAGGGUCUGGUGA